CCUGGGUGUGUUGAAAUACUCAAACUAAAGACUGAAGGAUCGAUACACCAAAACCCUUACUCAGUGUUUUUCUGUUACAAUAUCAGUUGGUGCAGUGCAAAGGAUAGAAACAGUGGAAGAAACCGGUGGGUGCAUCAGUUCAACAGAAAGUUCUGUUUCUCUGAAGGUCGAGUUGCUGAUAUUCUGCUGCUUAUUUUUUUGUUUUUGGACCAUGACUGAGGCUGAGUUGUACACACUCUACAAAGGAGUUUAUCUGCCUUCACACCUGCAUCCUCCACAGAGCCUGAAAUACUACGAAGACUUUACCUUUCGCCCGGACGAUGUUAUUAUUGUAACGUAUCCCAAGUCGGGUACGACCUGGAUGCAGGAGAUUGUCCCUUUGGUCAUGAGUGGAGGAGAUCCGGCCUCCGUUGAGACCCUUCCUAACUGGGACCGUGUUCCCUGGCUGGAGGAGCAUCGGGCCUGCGUCCUUAAUCUGGAAGAAAGGCCGUCUCCUCGCAUGUUUUCUACUCACUUUCACUACAACAUGAUGCCUCCAGGCUUCUUCAAAGUAAAGCCAAAGGUCAUCUAUGUCAUGAGGAAUCCCAAAGAUGUGUUUACAUCUUCCUUUCAUUAUUAUGGGAUAACCUCCUUCCUGGUGAAGCCAGGCUCACAGAGCGAGUUCCUCCACAAGUUCCUUGAUGGAAAAGUUAUGUUUGGUUCAUGGUUCGAUCAUGUAAAGAGCUGGCUGAAUGCUGAAGAUAAACAACACAUCAUGUACAUCUGCUACGAAGAGAUGAUCAUGGACCUGAAGGACUCUGUGGCCAGAAUCGCUCAGUUCUUGGAGAAACCUCUGGAUGCUGAGGUUGUAGAGAAGAUAGCAGACCGAUGUUUGUUCAAGAACAUGAAGCAGAACAACAUGUCAAACUACUCUAUGGUUCCAUGCGAAUUCAUUGACCAGACAAAAUCUGAGUUUCUCAGGAAAGGAAUCGCUGGAGACUGGAAAAACCAACUGUCUGAGGCAGAAGUGGAGCACUUUGAUGCAGUUUACAAAGACAAAAUGAAAGAUGUCAAAUAUAAAUUUGUUUGGGAUUGACAUUAAUUUUAUGAUCAAACUUAAAGUAAUUCCACCGUACUAUGAUUUACAAAGUCCCAUGUAUCUCUAUAGACAAUUAGACUAACCUUAGAAAAUCUUGGUCACUGUAUGUAAUGUAUGUUUUAAAUACUAUAUCUCGAUUAUUUUCUCAUCUGUCAAAUAAGACAAAUACUACUAACUAAAUGCCGACACUAAAUGCUACUGAAAUAAGGGGUUUUCAGUCUUUAAGAAGCAGCUGCCUAAAACUGUAUUAUUGUUUUGUGUUAUGUCCAUACUGAUAUUAGUACCAACAAACAAUAGAUUUACUGUGUCUUUUACCAUGUAUAUCUUAAUGUUCUUAAAUAGUAUGAGCAAUGUAUUCAUUACAAAUCAUAUACAUAAAUCACAUACAAAUCAAAUAGUUGUUCAGUGACAUAUUUCUGUUUGGCUUGUUCAUCUUCACAUCUUUGAAAUGAAAACAGUAAACAAAAUUUGUUAAUAAAUGGGUAUUUUGUCUUA